CCCACACAGAGCGGAAGAGCCGCGAGUGUGAGAGUCAAGAACGAGGAAAAGAGGGAGCGAGUGUGUUCAUGUACCGCAGAGGGAAGGAGGGAAGGAGAAGUUUCGAGUCCGAGAAGCCGCGGUGUGUUCCAGACGCGCAGAAGCGGCCGCUCGAGCGCCUGUGCGGGAAGACUACAGUUCCUCCUCCUGCUGUGACUUUGGAGCCGGCAGAGUAGCGGGCGACAUUCGAUCACCGCCAUCCAUCCGGUGAUCAUGACGGCAGCUGUCGAUAUGAAACCCACGUUAACGAUCAUCAAGGCGGAGAAGAUGGACGACCCAGAGUGCGGGGAUGUUCCCUUGCUGACUCCAGGGAGUAAAGAGAUGAUGUCUCAGGCUCUGAAAGCAACGUUUAGCGGCUUCACCAAGGAGCAGCAGCGGCUGGGUAUUCCCAAAGAUCCCAGACAGUGGACAGAGAGCCAUGUGGCAGAGUGGCUAACGUGGACCGUCAAUGAGUUCAGCCUGAAGAACGUCGACUUCAACGCGUUCAGCAUGAACGGCGCGAGCCUGUGCGCCAUGGGCAAAGAGCGUUUUCUGGAUUUAGCGCCGGACUUUGUCGGCGACAUCCUCUGGGAACAUCUGGAAAUGCUCCAAAAAGAGGAAACGAAGCAUUACCCCAUCAAUGGACUGACCUCUAACUUCCAGGAAUCUCGGUAUACCUCAGACUACUUUGUCAGCUAUGGCAUUGAGCACGCUCAGUGUGUGCCCCCCUCUGAAUUCUCUGAGCCAGGCUUCAUCACCGAGUCCUACCAGACACUUCACCCCAUCAGCUCGGAGGAAUUGCUGACUCUUAAAUACGAGAGCGAAUACCCAGCAGUCAUCCUGAGGGAUGCGUCCCACAACCCCCUGCAGAGCGACUACUUCUCAGUCAAGCAGGAGGUGGUGUCCCCGGACAACAUGUGCGUGGGACGCCUGGGCAGAGGGAAGCUGGGUGGCCAGGACUCUUUCGAGAGCAUCGAGAGCUUCGAGAGCUGUGACCGACUGACGCAGUCGUGGAGUAGCCAGUCGUCCUUCAGCAGCCUGCAGCGGGUACCGUCCUACGACAGUUUCGACUCGGAAGACUACCCCGCCGCCUUGCACAAUCACAAGCCCAAAGGCACCUUCAAAGACUAUGUGAGGGAACGUUCGGACCUCAGCAAGGACAAGCCCGUCAUCCCUGCGGCGGCGCUGGCCGGAUACACAGGCAGCGGCCCCAUCCAGCUGUGGCAGUUCCUCCUGGAGCUGCUGACCGACAAGUCAUGCCAGUCCUUCAUCAGCUGGACAGGCGACGGCUGGGAGUUCAAGCUUUCGGACCCAGAUGAGGUGGCACGGAGGUGGGGCAAGAGGAAAAACAAGCCCAAGAUGAACUAUGAGAAGCUGAGUCGCGGCCUCCGCUACUACUACGACAAGAACAUCAUCCACAAGACUUCAGGGAAGCGCUACGUCUACCGCUUUGUUUGUGACUUGAAAAGUUUGCUGGGCUACACACCCGAGGAGCUGCACACCAUGUUGGACGUGAAGCCCGACACGGACGAGUGAACACUCGGCCUACGAUGAAGUCACAAACGGACGUUUAAAAAAAAAAAAAGAAACAAAAAAAGAAGAAGAAGAAGAAGCCACUUGGACUGAUGUUUCCUUAGAGUGGUUUAACUGCCGCAGUCAGAAAAAGCCUCUUUUUUUUGCGGAGGGACCAAAAUGUUUUUAUUUACUAACGGGUCUUUUGUCAUAGUAGAAACUCUUGUUUCGCUGAAUGUUUUUAAAAAGAGGGCACAAAGCCAAAAUCGCCUGUCCUCGUGCCGUGUUGCUGCGGAGGUGUCUGUGCAGCACAGUAUGAACAUUAACAAGGCAGAUGAAACUAAAGCAGCUUCGGGUGUGAGUCGCGGAGGAGGAGGAGGAGCCAUCACGAAUUGAGUCAUUCACUUCUGAAAGUUUGAUGAAGUCAUCAAGACCAUCCGAGGAGCGUUGCACGCUUGGACCAAAAACUAGUGUAGAGUUUGUGCCAGUAUUGUGUCGUUGAUGUCGAAUCUUUGCUUGAUCUUGAAGGCAAGACAAAGGUUAGGGUGUCAGGUGUCUCUCGAGGCCUUAAAUCUAAAUGGACCGACCUGACUCAUCCAGAAACUCCCCGUUCAUGUCUGACUCUUGUUAUAUCGUGACUGAAACUGAUGCAUACGCCGCAGUAUUAGCAAACUGUAGACAAUCCUUGACGUGAGGAGACACAUUAGAAGUCCACUGUCCAUGUUGUGUUUUUGAUCAUGUCUGAUCCACGAAUGAAGCGACUUAGUUCACUUGAUGAAAAAGAGAUUUGCAGCGGAGGCACAGUGCGGAGAGAAGGAAAGUGAAGAGAGGCUGGAAGACGGAGGGGCGACAGAUGGGAUGGUGGGAAGAGCAGGUGAUGUCGAAGAGAAGGUUCCGCUGGCUGGGAAGCGCGGCUGUACACUGGCCUUAUGGGAAAUGCCAAAGUUGAAUUUUGUCUUAUAACACGAUGUUAUUGUUUACAGUGGCUGAAUGUUACCCAUGCGGAUGAAAAUAGCUUCUGCGAUGUCUAUUUGUACAGAUUGUAUUUCAUAAUGCUUUAUUGAGACCCAGAUUACAUAAACAAGCAAACGACCAAGCCGGAAUAAUAACCAGAAACCCUUGUGAGGUCUUCAGCCGCGGUGCUUUGUGCAGUGUUUGGGAAUGCUACACAUUCCUUUCAUCCGGGCCAAUGCCUUGUGAAGCACAUGGUUGGCUGAGGCGGGUUCUCCCGCUCACCCACUUCAUCCAUUUGCUGGGUCGCGCUUGUCGUCUGACGUGGACCAAGCUCCUCGUGAACUGCACUGUACUUUCACUCUGUCCUGCAUGCUGAUGUCCACGUUUCCACACGCUGUUUUGCCCAUCUCUCUUUGGUUACUUUGUGUUGCCAUUCUACGUUCAAGAGCUUUACACUUUUUCUUUUUACGGGAGACGACGACAAGCAAUGGCCCGAUAUGUUUGUUCCCAAACAAAAGGUGUUGUAGCACAUUUAGCUUCAAAAGGUAAAUGUGCGGAUUGUAAUCAUUUUGUUAGCUGUAAUAUUUUGUAAAUGUAUUUUUAAAUGUCACAGCACAUAUCCUACUGCAGGUCUUAAGAAAACUUGGCUGGUCAAAUGAAUUACACAAGUUAUUUGUGGUAUAUCUCAGAAUGGAUCAAGAAGGAAUACUUUUUUUUUUAUGUGUUUUUAUAUAUAUAUAAAUAUUUUAUAGUGUCUCUGUAUUUUUGUUAUGAGAUCAUUUUUAUUGUUUUAAGUUCACAAACAUUUGAGUAUUUUUUCAAUAAUUUAUAUUUUUUAAAAAAGACGAUAUAUGCAGACAGCUGGUGCUUUCAUGGAAAUGUAUUAGUAGUGCAGGACAAAACAAUGUAGCGACUGUUUUCACCUUUUUUUUAUUUACAUUUUCUCUCUCUCGUUUUUAUUAUUUUGUUUUUUUUUUACAUACAGAAAAAAGACCUGUCUGCUAAUGGAAAAAAGGCUGAUGCUGGCCCAUCAAUGACUUCUGCUGGAAAGGUUUUAUAAACUGUAGCUUCUAUUUCUAAAAUGUACUUCAUGUACUUUAAAAUGUUAUGAAAUAUAUGUGAACAAAGAUUUUAUUCCUGUGUGUG